AUGAGUCUAAUGCCUCUCGGCUCCUUCAGACUAGGAACACUAUUUCUAGUGUUAACCACAUUACUGCAUAUGAUCAUAAGUAUCCUCCCCAAUGCCACUGCCAGUACUAGUAGCUUUAAUGUAGACGAGACAGAUCGUCUUGCCUUGCUGGAGUUCCAGUCAAACAUGAGCUCGAGGAAUGAUUCUUCCCAUUUCUGCGAGUGGGAAGGUGUUACAUGCGGUCAUCGCCAUAGAAGAGUCACCACAUUAAAUGUGUCAUCCAAAGGCUUGGCGUUGCCUCCUUAUGUACGAAACUUAAGCUUCCUUCGGGACCUAACGCUCUACAACAACACCCUUCAAGGUGAAAUCCCUCCUCAACUUGGUCAAUUGUUCAGGCAGCAGAGAUUGUUCCUCAACAACAACAGCAUUGAAGAAGAAAUCCCAGCUAACCUAUCAAACUGCUUUAGCCUCACAUACCUUCGUGUAGACUAUAAUAGCCUAGUUGGGAAACUAACACAAGAACUUGGUUCACUGUCCAAGCUCAAACUUCUUGUCAUUCAUGUUAACUAUUUAACGGGCGAGAUCCCUCCUUCCAUUACCAAUCUUACUUCUCUAGAAAGUCUCUCUGCCUUUCAAAAUCGCUUCAUGGGAAAUAUUCCAGAUGCUUUGGGUCAAUUGAAACAAAUAAGCGGAAUUGGGUUAUGUCACAAUAAUUUCUCUGGUAUGAUACCUACUUCAAUGUAUAAUCUAUCCUUGUUUACUAUUAUUUCUUUGUGUGAAAAUCAACUUCAAGGUAGUCUUCCUCCGAGCUUUGGUUUGAUGCUACCGCAUCUCCAAAUACUUCAAUUAUUGGGUAACCAAUUUUCCGGACCUCUUCCAUUCUCAUUGUCCAAUUGUCCAAAUCUAGAUUGGCUUGAACUGUCGGAAAAAAACGUUCAAUGCAAUUUGGAAAUAUUUGCUAUAGCAAAUAACCAAUUAAGAGGGAUAUUACCAAACUCUGUGGGCAAUCUCACUAAACAACUUCUUGGGCUAUCGCUUGGUGGGAAUUUUAUACAUGGAAACCUCCCUUCAGCCAUAUUUAACCUUAUCAACCUGAAUUUCUUAGGCCUAGACUAUAACGAAUUCACGGGUAAUAUUCCAGCUAAUAUUGGUAAUCUUCAAAAUUUAAAACAAUUGAAUCUUGGAAUAAACAACUUCUCUGGAGAAAUUUCAUAUUAUAUUGGAAACUUGUCAUUGUUGAUCGAGCUUUACAUGCAGGAUAACAGACUAGAGGGAAAUAUUCCCUCAAGUCUUCGAAACUGCAAAAAUUUAAUAAACCUAGACCUUUCUCAAAAUAACCUUAGUGGAACCAUACCCAAACAACUUAUUAGAAUUUCAGGUUUAUCAAUUUCGCUAAAUCUAGCUCAGAACCAUUUGUUUGGGUCCCUACCUUCAGACAUUGUCAACCUAAAAAAUUUAGUGGAAUUGGAAAUAUCUGAGAAUGAGUUGUCCGAUGAAAUUCCAAGUAGCCUCGGUAGUUGUACCAGCCUCCAAAAUCUAUAUAUGAUGGGGAACUUCUUUAAUGGAUCUAUUCCUUUUUCAUUGAGUUACUUGAGAGGCCACCAGAAUUUCAAUCUUUCUCAUAACAAUUUGUCUGGAAGAAUUCCUGCAUCCUUUGAUCAAUUUUCCUUGAAGAAUUUUAAUUUAUCCUUCAAUGAUUUCGAGGGUGAGGUACCAAUUGGAGGAGUUUUCGCAAACGCUAGUGCUAUCUCAGUUGUUGGAAAUAAUAGGCUUUGCGGGGGUAUACCUGAUCUACAACUACCCAAAUGCAUCAUCAAAGAAUCGAAGAAAUGGAAAAGACUCCUCAAAGCAACUGAUGGGUUUUCUUCAGCAAAUUUGGUUGGUGUGGGUAGUUAUGGCUCUGUCUAA